CCUCAAACCAAGCCCGGUCGAUCCCCUCGCUGCCCGGCCAUGUCUGUGGCCUACUCCUGCUAGAUCUCCAGACAUUCACCUCCCUUCCUCAUUCACUCUCAACCACCCCAUACUACGAGUAAUCUCGACUUCUCGACGUUGUCGCCCCUCGCUGGCCAUGAGGGAGCUCUUUUCCUCUGCGCUGGGAUCGAGGGCCGGCAACCUCGCCAUAUCUCUACUCCUGGCCUCGACGCGAUUAAUACCCGGGACCGACGCCUUUACCUUCCCAGAAGUCCCUUCUCCAGAACUCGAUCUCGGCAACCUUGGUCGCAUCGCCUUCGCUGGCGACUUCGAUUCGAUAUCGUUGUACCAGUAUGAAGGCCAGACCGAACAGUCUUCUGAUGGCAAUGGCGCUCUCCUAUCCCGCUUCCCGAACGGCGCAUUCGCGAAACUCGAAAAUACCGAUGCUGACAUCAAAGCUAUGUGCGCAUUCUCGAGGAAUGGCAAUCUUCAAGGCGUAGUCUUUGGGGGUAAUUUCACUAGCGUUGGUGACCAACACACUCCCGGCGGCAUCGCGUUGCUCAAUGUUACCGACGGCUCAGUCACACCACUUCCAGGCCUGAAUGGAUCCGUCAAUGCUCUUCACUGCGAGGAAGGGCGCGUUUUCGUGGGAGGAUCUUUUACCGGCGGUAAUUCAAGUAAUGCAAUCGUAUGGGUGGAAGACUGGACCAACAUGCCCUUUUCUGGGUUUAAUGGGCCCGUACAUUCGAUCAUAAAAGCACCUAAUGGAAAGAUAAUCUUUGGAGGAGAGUUCAAUGCGUUAGGAGAUAAUUCUUCGGCCCCGACACAGAAUGAUACGCAAGUCUUGCCCAUCGGAUCCGCCAAUCUCACCGCGCAAACGAGUUCAGGACGUCCAGGAUUGACUGAUCCAAAGAACAUCGUUUGCAAGAGCGACGUCAACGCUGAGGGGGAAGGCUCCACAUGGCUCCUCGCAGAUAAUACACCCGGCUUCUGGAAAGCUGACUUCGGGUUCGGUUUCCUCCCUACCAAACUCCGUCUCCAUAACACCAAACUCGAGGGCCGUGGAACCAAGACCUUCCGCUACACGGCUCUACCAGAUGGCGGCAUUAUGAACUUGUCCUAUGUUGACCCAUCAUCAGGACAGCGUUCCUUCUGCGAUGCCUCCUGCCCCCUGCCAGAAGGUAACACCACAGCCCAGGACUUUACGUUCGUUAACAAUGUUGGAAUGAAUUCCUUCAGACUUGACAUAUCAGACUGGUAUGGGAGUGGUGGUGGACUCAAUGGCAUCGAGAUCUUCCAGAAUGAUAUCUACACAUACGCAAUCAACGAUUUUAACGAGCCAAAGUGCGGAGGCGUCACUACCGGAGCUUCCGCUACCCAGACGGGACCAUGGCUCGUCACCCCUUCUCACAAUAGUAAUUCACAAUACCUCACAGCAACUCUGUCAGGUGGUAUCGGGCCCGAGAGUGCGUCCAUCGUUUUCCAACCAGAUAUUCGACAGACCGGCAACUAUUCGGUGACGAUCUUCACCCCUGGUUGCGUCGGCGACGGUACCUGUGGUACCCGUGGCCGUGUAGUAAUCAAUGCCACUCUCAACAAAGAGAUGGAAAAUGAGCCUCAGGUCCCCGUCGAGCUCUACCAGACUAAUAAUUUCGACAAGUACGAUGAGAUCCACCUAGGAUUUGUUGACGCGACUAAUGGCUUCCGCCCCUCGGUGACUUUGGCUCCAGCACCUGGACAAACUGGCCCUUUGACGUUCGUCGCCCAAAGGGUUCGCUUCAAGGUCAUCAAAGCAGCCGCAGGAGGGUUGAACGGUCUCUACGAGUAUGACUCCAGCAAACAGGAAGCUAGCAGCAAUUUCGAUGAUUCUGUUAUUGACGCCGCCGGAGCCAGCUUGACGCCUCAAGAUCAAGCUCUCAUAACGACUCUUUCUGCACAUAAUGAUAGACUGUUCGUCGGAGGCAAUUUUACCUCACGAGACGGCCGCAACAACAUCUUCGCCAUUGAUCGCAACACCGAUGGACCAACAGCACUACGAGGAGAAGGACUGGAUAGUCAGGUCAUGACAACGUACCAGAACCAGUCCGACGGUACGCUCUACGUUGGUGGUAACUUCACCAAGACGCAGAAUAGCGAAACCACCAAUUUGAACGGAAUUGCUGCCUAUGCCAAUGAUCGUUGGCAAGCCCUCGGAGCAGGUGUCAAUGGUGUUGUUAUGUACAUUGUUCCCUUCACGCUCAACAUCACCGCCGGAAGCCCCGAGACUGUCCUCGCCAUUAGUGGAUUUUUCGACCGUAUCAACGGAUUUGGCUCAACUCCAGGGGUUCCAGUCGAUAAUUUUGCAGUAUGGGUACCCUCUCAGCAGAAGUGGUUGCAGAAUCUCGACAUAAACACUAUCGCUAUGCAAGGUAAUCUGAUCACCUUCACUGACAUCCCUGGACAAGAUCCCUUGUUUGCUGGCUCAAUGAACUCCCAGGCCGUGGGCGCGAGUGGUGUUGUUGGCUUACAAGAUGACGAUCAAUUGACUCUUCAAUCACUGCCUACGGAAAUUCGCCCACAAGUCCAGCAGCAGCAGGCCAAUGCUCGACGCAAGCGCGCCAUCACAGCAGAUCAAAACCUCAAUACAACCGGCGUCAUCACAGCGACCUUCUACAAAGAGAAUGACAUGAACAAGACAAUUCUAGGAGGACAUUUCGCAGCGACGGGCACCGAUGGUCAAAACAUUACCAAUGUUCUCAUUAUUGAUGGGAAAGACAACAAUAAGGUGACCGGCUUUGAGGACGAAGUAGACGCUAAUUCAACUUUUGCGGCGGUUGCAGUGAGCAGCAACAACCUAUUGUUCGCUGGCGGUGUGGUCACUGGCACCAUCAACAACAACAAAGUUGGAGGAGUCGUAGUCUACGAUCUAGGAAGUGGAAGUUUCCCCAACACCCAACCGCCCGCACUAGGAGGCACAAAUGUUACUGUCAACUCCAUCGCCCCACGACCGAAAUCCCAGGAUAUCUACGUCGGAGGAAGAUUUGAGUCGGCUGGAGCGCUUAGCUGUGCGUCGCUUUGCGUUUGGAAUACCGACCGUAACCAAUGGACUUCUCCUGGUGGCGACCUCUCUGGAGUCGUGACAUCUUUGACCUGGGUUGCCGAUAAUACUCUUUUGAUUGCAGGUAAUCUGACCGAGGGCAACAACCAAACAAAGAUUCUGCAGUACGACUCUUCUAAGAGCGAAUUUAAAGAGUUUGCAAACUCGCGGGAUCUUCCCGGGCCAGUGACCGCUCUGACAAUCGGCAAUGCGGACGGAACCCAGGUCUGGGCUUCUGGUCAGAAUGACGACGGCACUGCUUACUUGCAGCGCUUCGACGGCGACAAAUGGCUUCCUGUCACUGACCAAUUUGGCCAAGGCACCGAGAUCCGUGGCUUGCAAGUGGUUGCCUUGUCAACCCAGCACGACCGAUCAGACUUCAUCGAUCGCAACCAAGAUUUACUCAUCCUCGGAAAAAUCAACGUCACUGACUUUGGCUCUGCAUCUGCUGUACUUUUCAACGGAACCACUUUGAUCCCCUUCCUUCUGUCCUCCACCUCGGAGGGUAAGGCUGGUAGCCUGUCCCAGAUGUUCGUUGAGAACCCGCAGAACUUCUUCAGGUCUGGAAAGAAGCAUCUUGCGCUCGGCUUCAUCGUCCUGAUUGCCUUGGCCGUCGCACUUGCACUCACCUUCCUGCUCGUUGUUGCAGGAAUUCUAUUGGAAUGGUAUCGGAAGAGGUCAAGGGGCUAUGUUCCUGCACCUACAGCGUACCCCGAUAGGACUAUCAACACCAGCCGCGUUCCUCCAGAACAACUAUUCGGCACGUUAUCCGGCAAUCGUCCACCGGCGAUAUGAAUCAAAAGCUUUAAGCAUCACCUACAUAACUUAACCCUGUACAAAGUUCCAGGCCUAUCCAGGGCCGUACCUACGACAUGCUAGCACAAAGGGUCACGAAGUACGGCAUCGCAAGGCGUUCGAUCCUCCGAUCUUC